AUGAGGAAGAAGACUAUAAUCAUAACAUUUAUCUGGUUUACAAACACGAGCGUGUAUGUUGGAUUGUCCUAUUAUGCUCCAGUGCUUGGUGGUGAUGAAUUUUUGAACUUCUUUCUGGCUGGUGUUGUGGAACUGCCGACGUAUUUGUUCUUGUGGCCGUCUAUGGAAAGGUUGGGGAGGCGUUGGACUCUGUGCAUGAGCAUGGUAGUUGGCGGGGUAGCUUGCCUGACUACAUUCUUGGUGCAACACGAAACCAACGUAACCCUGGCACUAUACUGUGUUGGAAAGAUGGGGAUAUCUUCAUCAUUCGUCGUUCUACCUCUUAUGGCAUCCGAAUUGUACCCAACAGUUGUCCGAGGCUUGGGCAUGAGCUUAAGCUCCGUUUUGGGAAUGCUGGGACCUAUUUUUAUACCAUUAGUCAAUUAUUUGGGUUCUGACAUAAUGGUUCUACCUUUAAUCAUUAUGGGCGCUUUAUUGGUCGCAGGAGGCAUUGCUAGCUUACUUCUUCCAGAAACUCUAAACCAACAUCUCCCACAGACUUUGGAGGACGGUGAAAAAAUGGGAUUGGAUACAGAUUUUUGUUGCAGUCCACCCGUUAAAGAGCCUAAGAAUGACGGGGAGAAUGAGAAAACUUGCAAUAAAUGUAAUGCUCUUUGUUCGUGCCAAAUUGUUAGCAUACCUUUAGUUGAAAAUGUUAGCACCGAAAAGGAAUUGCAAGCUGUUGAAUUUAUUUUAGUGAAAUAA